CGUCAGUAGUGUUUCAUCCGCCGAGCGAGAGCGGUUUCGAAACAUUUUGUACCGCGCGUCCUCGCGGGAAAACGAUAUAUUGAAUCUCGGAAGCACGCGAAAAGGGGGGUUGGGAUCGAGCGUGGGCGAAGUGUUGGAGCUUUCCACAGCAUUCAGUGUUUAGAACGUUGACGUAGAAGACGAAGUGUGAAAUUUGUGUGAAACGGUCAAGAAGCGGCCGUCGAGAGGAUGUGAACACCUUAUAAUUGGACCAAUUUUCAGUGAGUGGAAAACGCCUAUCGGCGACUGGUGCUGGAUUUGAAUAAGUGCUUCUGAAAUCGGCGAACGUAGCAUCUUUGUGUUUCCAAGUGAGGUGAAAAACGACGUCAUCGUUCCUAUGCCGAAAAAUUGGCACGGUGCGCAUGGUUUAAGUUGGAUGUGCAACGAAUUAAGUCAUAGAGAGUGAAAUUUACGCCUCGUCUGAGGUCGUAAGUCUAGUCGAGUGGUGAAAACGAUCGAAACGAAUCAACCGUGAAUCAAUCAAGAAUAAAGAUUUUCCAGCAGACAAAUAACGUGCUAGGCAUAGAACUGCAGAAAAACUCGUAUAUAUUUUUCCAGGAUUAAAAUACCCAUCGACCUUCGUGAGAGAAAUACAGCGCUAAUCCGUGCUCGGUAGAAUAAUGCUACUCAACUUACCUAUACUGGCCGGCGCCAACGCGUAAUAUGAACCAGUCCGAUGGCGAUAAAGCAUUGAGUAACGAAAGGAAGAAACUUCUCAACAAGAAGAAAAUAGUCCAGAGCAAACAUGUGCCUGACUCACGAUCUUCAACUGGUGGUAGCAGCGGUCUGCAUUCGUUCUUCCGUUGGUUCAGAAAGGACAAAGACCCGGACCUCGAACUGCCGGAGGUGGUCAACGUUGCCCACCUGCAGAGGAAUUUUGCAGCAGGAGCUGUGCCUCAACCCGGUUCGAGUGGUGGUGUGACCAAAUCGAAAGCUCUCAACGAUUCGCACAGCGAAUGCUCGUCGGACGAAGUGAGCCAAAGUCAGAGUAACGGAACGCAUAGUUCAUCGCCGAGUCCUAGUCCACAGGUAGAAUGCAACAAUCUAUCGAAAAGUUCAAGCUGUGAUAGUAUCUUAAGCACGGCCACCACCGGGUUCGCAUUUGUGCCACCGAAUUGCUAUGAAGCGGUUAGUAAACCCACAGAGCGCGUCAUUAAUCCAGGUCCGUACACUGAUAGUUAUAAGCGACGCGUUCGGGAGCGAGAUCGUACCCGGGAACUUGAUAAGAAGUAUGAACUAACGCUGCGCAAAAAGUAUAAAUUGUUUGCAAAUCUUCGAGAAACGGCUUCUGCAUCUGAAAAAGACGCUACAUUAACAAGAGCUAACCAGAAGACCGUCUAUGUAGACCUAAGCUUACCGACUGCUCCAAAAGGAGUGUUGGAAUCCUCAGACGUAGAAAAAAGCGAAGAAGCCAAAGAUAUCGCGCCUAAGAAACAUCGCAGAACUGUAAGUGACAGCUCGAAAGAUAAGCGAGCUGGUGCGUAUGUUCACGUCAAAGGUAAAAGACGUGCUCCGCCUCCGCCUCCACUGAAUCUUAACGCCAAUACCGACACUCUCACAAACAGAUCAAACACAGGAACACUUACAAAUUCAAUCUACAGUACUUUGUCUCCCGGGUCUACCCUAUCCCGGAAGAAGAGACCAGCCCCACCACCUCCAGUAUCUCCCGUUUCACCGACCCUAAACGAAGCAUCGUCAUACACCAGCCUCUUUGAGGACAAAGAAAUCAAAGCUAUCAUUGAAGGAACCCCCCUGCCGAGAACUCCAGAUCCGACCAUGCCUAUGAGAAUAACGCCACUUCCGGGGAUAUCCGAAGAACGAACUCCUGGAGGCUUAACAGAAGAGCAGAAGCAGCAGCUAAUCGACAAUAUUCGCAAGGUUCAAGCCCCUCCAGACAGCGAUCCUCCUACGCCUACGAACAACCCACCGCCAACCUUUAUGUUAACGAACAACGACGUUAUGAAGCUGGAGGAAAACUUCAUAAACACGAACGGAACUCGAUCACCAAUCCACGACUAUCUAUACUCCGAAGCCAUCGGCAAUACGACGAAACCCAAUGUCCCUACAUCUCCGAUAUCCCCGAGGCCGUGGUAUAAACGACCGAUUUCAGGAAUGAAACAUCAGGAAAGCACUCUGCCAUUCAAGAAGGACAUCAUCCUUAAAACGAUCGACAAGCGCAAAUCUAAGCUCAAGGACAAAGAAGAUCUCCCCGAAGUUGGCUACUGUCGAAACUCAUUGGUGGAUAGUGGCUCCGCUGUUAACGGGCCGAAGUUCAAUCUCUUCGCAAAAAUUGUAGAAAAGUCGGAUGACACCAAGCGCCGGGAAAGAGACAACGAGAAACGAAAAUCUGGAAUAGGGAUCCCCAGUAUCAGCGAACUGGAUCGUGAAGCCGCGGAGAUCAUUAACAAGGAGAACGCGGCAAAAUUGAACGAACAAAAAACGGUCAAUGAACUGUACUUCUCUGCUCCAGAACAGCUGGUCAAACGAAGCCAGUCAUUCAUGAAGAAAGAGGAACAGUUGGAAGAGAAUUCUCCAGAGAGCAAGCCAAGGUCAACGAAGGAUUUGAUAUCUAAAUUUGAAGCAAACUCCACGAAUAUCAAUAAAGUCACGGUCAAUACAUCCUUCGUUCCGAAGAGAGACUAUUUCGGGGCAGAGAGGAAGGAGACCUCUCCGGUGAUACAAAUACCGUCCAUUGUAGUUGACAACGGAGUAGCUCCUCCCCAUGCUCUCUCCAAAACGGGAAGUGACAAGAACUUAUUGGGUUUAUGGUCCUGUCCCUAUUGUACCCUAGAGAAUCCGAAUUGGCGAAUCAUCUGCGAGGCAUGUGAACGAAUCAAGCCAUACGACAAACUUAGUAUAUUGGAAGAACCACCUUUAAGACCGAACCAUCCAUUGAAAAAGGCCAUUCCGGAACCGAAGGCCCAACUAGACCUCCCACUGCCAACGGCAGCCACCGAAGAUUGGGACAAAAAGACUGAACGUGUUAUGAAGUACUUCAUGCCGAAACCGACACCGACCAUGGGUAAUGGAUCCUUGGCAGCAUCUGAAGUGCCUAAGAAAUCAUUCGGACAAGCAAAAAUGCUUGCCUCGCCGAAAAUGGGCAUCAAAAGUCUGAUGAAUGGCAAGUCACCUCCCGAAAGAGCAAAUGGGUUCCGAAACUUCAAUUCUGUCCCUGAAGGAUUCAAUUCUUGCAAUAAGUUCGAUGAUGAAAAACUCAAGGAAAAUGCAGUGAUUGUGACCACCACUCCUGUGCUAAUAGCUCCAUUGGCAUCUCCAGAAAUAGGUGAUUGUAGGUUUGAACAACGUCCUAACGUAGUGAAGGAAGCCGUAGACUUGGAAGAAGUGCGAAGUGCUAGAAUAGCUAGGUUCAGUACACAUUUGGAUAGUGCUAGACCAUCCAGUCCAACCGACCCCUUAACGGAAACCCCUCCCAGUAAGGUUGCAGAAAUGGACGAUCAGGCUUUGGAGAGAGAAAAAGAGCGUUUACGCGAGAUGAUACGAGCGAUGAACGCCAAGGCCUUGGCGGACAAGUAUCCAGUGCUUCAGAAACCGCCAACUAGCAGCGGUCCGUCUAAGCGCGAGUCGCCAUUGGUGCAACGUCGGAACGGGCUUGUGUCAGGUAUUCCAAUCAGCACAAAAAGUCCGAAACCUAUGCGAAAAGCAAGCCCUACUAUGGCUCGAAGACCUGCACCAGUGGAAGAACAUCCACCGGUCGUUGCAGAACCAUAUAAACUGGGAGCGAUCAGGAAAACUUUCAUCCGCAAACCAGAAGAAGCGAAACCCAUCAACAAAUUAAUGGAAACCAAGAUCAUCAAUAAAGAGAUACAAGCUUCAUCGAAUAAAAUUGAGCAAAGUUCCGUGAUUCCAGAGACAGUGAAUGAACUAAGUGAACCACAGUUGGUGUUGGCUAACGAUGUUCAGAAAGUGCACUACGUAGCUAUGGAUGAGCAGCAAUUCAAGACACAGCAAACUCAUCGAAACAGUGCACCCGUGCAAAACCAAUUAUCCGACCAACAGAACGAGAAGGUGCGUCAAAUAUCCAGACAACUUCGUUCGGCGCAAGGUGUUGAGAACUUCAAGAAUACGCUCAAAUACGCGGGAAUGCCGAUGAAUAGAUCCAACACCCUAGCGAUCAACAAGCUACUCAGAAGCUUGGAAAUCGCUAUCGGAGAUGGAGCUCACGAUCGAGCCGCCAAGCUGGCUAUGGAUUUAGCCAAAAUGAAGGUUUCUCUUUCCGUUACGAGGCAAAGUCCAGGUGGAUCCGACACGGGUUCUACCGGCAGCUUAACGGAGAUUUGCAUUUCUUUCUACAUCAACGAUAAAUCAACCAGAAAAGGUCCGAUGAAGAUAAGUCUGCCUUCGCACACUACGCUGCUUCAAUUGAAAGAAAAGAUCAACAAGGACUUCGGUAUACCAGCGCAGGUUCAACGAUGGAUCUACAAAGAUCGACAAUUAUGCGAAGAGCAUAGAACGUUGUCCGAGUACGGAAUACAAGAUAGCGACCAAGCUCUGCAGUUAUUCAUUGUCAAUACGGUUCCAAUGACUCCGAAGGAGUCGGGUGUGCCAUUGCCGAUAAACAAGGUGAAGGUGGAACAGAAGACUGCCCCAAUGGUAAUGACAGUGCAACCACAAUUCAGUCAUGCAGAAGCUAAGAUGCUUACAGUUUCGGACUCAGACGGUGAAUGCUCCGACACUCAAAACGAUCUUCAAGGUGAAGAUGAAUCCAUCCUGGGUGCCACAGCUCUUCCUACUAUUAUGGAGGACAAAGGGCCUCAGAACGAUACCGAAGAUGGAUGGGCAUGUCCUCUGUGUACGCUCAUAAAUCCACCGAAUCGACCCGGAUGUGGAGCAUGUUCAGAAUCUCGCCCGACGUCCUACGUGGUUCCAGCACGGUAUCAAACAACGGAGGACGAUUUUAUUCCUGAAGAACUGAAACGAUUCAUUGAAGAUGAUCUGAAGAAACCAACACCGGCGGUUCAGCUGCGGAACAUGCCAAAGGAAACAAGAAAUGAUCUCAACCGUGUGUCCAGCAAUCGCAAAUCUUCGGACAUCUUCAAUAUUCUUCUGGAUGAAAACAAAGCCACCGAAACGCAUCACACCAGGCCGAAUACCAGUGAUUUGUUAACAACGAGGCACAUACAAGUUCCGGAGCAAAAGAACAUUAUUAUGACGGCAUUUACAAGUCCCAACAUUACACGAAACAAGUAUCGCGGCGUGGACAACUUCAACCCGAAUACGUACAACAACGGUAAUGCGGCAACACCGAAAGCCGACGGGCCUAUCAUAACGACUGCAAGCCCGAUUGUUAGAGCUGUACUGCUCAAGGAGAAUCCUGACAAACCGGUGAAAUUCGGUCGCAAUGGACUGGUCAUGCCCGAAGACGAUAGCGACGUUACGAAUCACUACAUGGAGCUGGUCAAUUUGGAUUCGGCCGAUCUGAUUGCCAACGUGGAUCCAUUCGAGUGUCCAAUUUGCUUCGGGCAGUACGAGCAAUACGAAGGCAUCGUUUUGCGCGAUUGCUUGCACACGUUUUGCAAGGAGUGUCUGGUGAAUACGAUAAACUACAGCGAAGAGGCGGAGAUCAAGUGUCCGUAUAUGGACAAUGCCUACAGCUGUGAGAGUGUAAUCCAGCAACGUGAAAUCAAAUCCUUAGUGACAAAGGAUAUGUAUGAGGCCCAUCUGGCGAAAUCGAUACGCCAAGCGGAAAGCAAGCUUGACAAUACCUUCCAUUGUAAAACACCAAAUUGUCGCGGCUGGUGCAUUUAUGAGGACAAUGUGAAUCAGUUCAAAUGUCCCGUUUGCACAAUAGUAAAUUGUCUUACGUGCAGGGCAAUCCACGAUGGGCUGGACUGCAAACAAUACCAAGACCGAUUGAACAGCGACUGUGAUACGAACAUCGAAGCGAGACGAACCAAAGCCGUGCUUCAGGAGAUGGUCGACCGAGGAGAUGCGAUCGUGUGCCCCACGUGUCAGGUCGUCAUGAUGAAAAAGUGGGGCUGCGAUUGGCUCAAGUGCAGCAUGUGCAAAACGGAGAUCUGCUGGGUCACACGGGGACCUCGGUGGGGCCCGGGGGGAAAGGGUGACACCAGCGGUGGGUGUCGCUGCGGGGUAGAUGGGAAAAAGUGCCAUCCAAAGUGUAAAUACUGCCAUUGAAAAAAACGUUCCAGAGGUCGGGGAGCCUACCCUCUGUGUUGCAAGUGAAUAGUAAUAGAAUAAUUGAAACAAUUUUUGAUAACGAUAGUAAUAUUACUACUGUUGUAUUGAACAGAACAAUGCCAAAGAUGUCGGUUUGAUUGUAAUGCCUCGUGAAAAAGUUGGUAACAUAUUUUAUCACAUCGUAUUCAACAGGAAAAAAUAUAACUUUUGAGAUAUCCAA